AUGACAUUAAAUAUUUUACCUUUACUAGACGCCACUACUACAUCUAUACCUCAAUCAUAUGUAUCUCCCAAACCAAUACCUACCAAUCCAAAUCUGAUUCUCUUAAAUGGAUUCAUGAUGAAUGGAAACUUAAAAUUUGUUAAGAAAAUCGGUGCCGGUACUUAUGGAUUAAUUUAUCUUGUUCAAGAUAUAACUACUGGAAAACAAUUUGCUGCAAAAAUGUUAUUAAAAGAUCCUCCCUUAAAGCAUGCCUCACCUAAAGAUGCUGGCGAAAAUAAAAAGUAUAUUCAAAGAAAGAUCUUUGAAUAUUUUGCAUCUCAUCCAAGAGCUGUUGCUAAUGAAAUUGAUUUAAAUUUAAUUAAAAAUGAUGGUUUACAUUGUCCAUUCUUAAGAGAAAUCGCUUUACAUUUAAAAGUUCAUCAACAUCCAAAUAUCAUUACUAUUCAUAAAGUUUUAAAUCUUGAUAAUUUAGCCAUUAUUAUUCUUAUGGAUUAUUUCGAACAAGGAGAUUUAUUUAAUAAUAUCAUUGAUAAUGAAAUCUUUCAAAGACAUCAACCUGAACAUUUAAAACAAUUAUUAAUGAAAAAUGUUAUGUUACAAUUAAUUGAAGCCAUUGAAUAUUGUGAUCAAAAUGGUAUUUAUCAUUGUGAUUUAAAACCAGAAAAUAUCAUGAUUAAUUAUAAUCCAAAUUAUAAAAGAAAAUCUCUUAAUUCCAUUGUUGAUUAUAAUGAAAUUCAUAUUGUUUUAAUUGAUUUUGGUUUAGCUAUGGAUUCAAAUUUAAUUUGUUGUAAUGCUUGUCGUGGUUCAUCAUUUUAUAUGGCUCCUGAAAGAACUACCAAUUAUAAUACCAACAAUGUCAUCAGAUCCUUAGUUGAUAUGAAACAAUAUCAUUCUAUUGAAAUUAAUAAUACAACUGUUACUCCAUCAAAUUCAAAAUUCUUCCCAACAUUAGCAGGAGAUAUUUGGUCAUUAGGAGUAUUAUUUAUAAAUAUUUCAUGUUCAAGAAAUCCAUGGCCAAUUGCAUCAUUUAAAGAUCAACAAAGUAAUAAUGAUGUUUUCAAAAGUUAUAUUUUAAACAAUAAUAAAAACAUUUUAAGUUCAAUCUUACCAAUCUCAUCAUCAUAUAAUAGAUUAUUAGAUAAAAUUUUCCAAUUAAAUCCAAAUGAUAGAAUUGCAUUACCAAGUUUAUAUAAAGAAAUCAUCAAAUGUGAUUUCUUCAAAGAUCAUCAUCAAUCAAAAUCAAAGAAAGAAGAACAAGUUAGUUCCAAUCCUCAACUUAAUACUCCUCCAGAUACUCAUACCACCAAUUCAUUCAUCGAUGUUGAAGAAGAAGAAGAAGAAGACGAAGAUGAAGAUGAAAGUGAUUACAGUGACGAGGACAUGGAAGAUGAAGUCAAAGAAUAUCAUUCCGCUCGUGAAGAAUAUACUUAUGAGAAAAAUAAUAAAACCAACAAUAACAAUAACAAUACUAAAUCAAGUCCAAAACAAGUGUUUGCUAUGGAAACUCCAGCAAAUAGCGUGGAAGAUUAUGAUAAAAAGAAUUUCAUUGUUACUUAUCAUUAG